CCCACUUCCACCGGGGAAGAAUUCGAUAUUACAACUUAAUAUCAUACUUGUUUUAUUUUCAUGAUUUCUAUCGAUGGUUUUGACUCCUAGCUUACAAGUAACUGCUGAUUCAUCAUGGAAGGACAGCAUACUAACAUAGAAGACACAUUGCUAUCUACCGGCGGGCAGUCUCAGUCUUCACAAAGAGUAGACUCGAGUGCUCCUGAACGGUCCCUUAUCGUUCAUUCCCAGGCAAAUAACUCAGGGCUCUUUUCUAGGUUUCGGUAUCACUUGUUUGCAGCUGGAUUUGCAUUCCUGCUUGGUCCCCUCGCAUUUAUAUGGCCAGGUCAAUCCGCUAUUGAUCCGACAAACUACGUAGAGCGGACAAGGAGAGUCUUGAAAACAACACCGUUGAUUGAUGGGCAUAAUGAUUUACCCUGGCAGUUGCGCAUAGAGUUGCAUAAUCGCAUAUAUGAUGGCCGAGUUGACUUAAAUAGAAGACUCCUGGGUCAUACAGACCUUCAGAGAAUGCGAACAGGGAUGGUUGGGGGUCAGUUCUGGAGUGUUUAUGUACAUUGCGAUGUUCAUCAGCAGCACUUUGAAGACCCAUCUUGGAUCGUGAGAGAUACCCUGGAGCAAAUUGAUGUCACUAGAAGAUUCAUCGAUGAGCACCCCCAGGAUCUCCAGCAUUGUGAUACGGCGGCCUGCGCCCGUAAAGCUUUCAAGUCAGGCCGCAUCUCUAGCAUGAUCGGCAUUGAAGGCGGCCAUCAGGUUGGGGGUAGUAUUGCUAGCAUACGGCAGAUGUACAAUCUUGGAGCACGCUAUAUUACCCUCACUCAUAAUUGCGACAAUUCGUUCGCGACUUCAGCGUCUACUGUGGCCGCUGGAGGAUCCGACGAUGGGCUUUCCAAAUUAGGGUAUGAGGCUAUCAAGGAGAUGAAUAGGCUAGGCAUGAUAGUAGAUCUAUCCCACGUGUCGCACCAGACGAUGAGAGAUGUGUUGAGUGUAGCACGAGCACCAGUCAUCUUUUCGCAUUCAGGGGCUUACAGUAUAACUCCACAUCUUCGGAACGUACCCGACGACGUUCUCCGAACCGUAAAGCGCAACGGAGGCAUUAUUAUGGCCGUAUUCGUCAACCGUUUCCUCAAGAUGAAAGACCCGGACCAGGCGACUAUUCACGAUGUUGUAGAUCACAUAUUUCACAUUGCCGAGGUAUGCGGUUGGGACUGCGUCGGUGUGGGUAGUGAUUUUUCAGGAACUCCUUAUGUACCUAUCGGCCUAGAAGAUGUCUCAAAGUUCCCCGAUCUCGUUCAAAUCUUAAUGGAACGCGGCGCGACCGAUGAGCAGAUCCGCCUGUUUGUAGGAGAAAACAUCCUUCGCGUUUGGUCAAGCAUCGAGCAGAGAGCGCGCGAGAUACAAGCCACAGGAGAGAAGCCUGUAGAAGAAGAAUAUGAAGAGAGAGAGUGGCAUAAGGGGUUAAAAGACUCGCCUUGGAUGUUGAGAGGGAGUAGACAAAAAGCUAUCGAGGCUGGUGCCGCGGAUAAGCCGUAUAUGUUCAACGUAGAUGGAGAAGGGAAGCAUAAUCCAGCAGUAAAGGGUAUAUAGAGCACCUAGGUAAGGUAAAUAGACCAAGAGUAAUAUUUUUCAAUAUUAGAAAGUGAUAUAUA